CCCUCCAAGAAAGAAUGUUGCAGAGUGGAUACUGCAAUCAGGAGAAUGUCUGCCUGAAAGUGAUUUUGAUACUACUGAACAGGAGAAGGACUAAGAUCUUCCUGUUUAUAGGAAGAAGGCAGAGAAGGGUGCAGGAGCCUUCACAUACAAUUUAAGUUUAAAUGAAAGUAGAAAAUAGCUUGUGUCCUGUGAGGGAGGAGACUGUGGUGAAUAGCCUCCGGAUGGCAAGUUAGUUUCACUUCUGCCGUGUAAUGUGACUUUGUGACUGGCUGCAAGGUCCACGUAGCCCUUAUACAGCCGGUUCCAAAUAUCUGUACCAAGACAGAGAGCUGCCCUAAUCUUUUUUUGUGGACUUCUAGAACCAAAGCAGAAUUUUUUUUCUAUUCAGAAACAUCUGAUCGGUUCUUCCAAGUGACAAAAGCAGGAUUUCGCGUAAUAAGAGAUGGCAGAAACAGAGCCCAGGCCACACCCAGGUAAUACACCUGCAGUGGUGUCCCCGGAUGAAGCCACAGGAACAGACUGCUGUUGUCUGGUUAAAGCUGAAGACGAUGUAUUUAAAGAACCAAUGAAGAAAAGACGCCGGUCGGGCCCAGGCCAGCGAUUCCGAGCCCUUCAGUCAGCAGAACAGUGCGCUCUUAAGGAAUAUGAGAAAUUGGAGUCACGGACCAGAAGGGUUUUGAGCAACACUUACCAGAAACUUCUCCAGUGUGUCUUCUUAGAUGACAGCAUUCCUAACGGAGUCAAGUAUCUCAUAAACAGGCUUCUUGCCUUGAUUGAAAAGCCGUCAUUGGAUCCGAUCUACAUUGGCUUAUUUGGAAGCACUGGGGCUGGGAAGAGCUCCCUGAUCAAUGCCAUCAUCCAGCAGGCAAUGUUUCUGCCCGUGUCUGGAGAAAGCAUUUGCACUUCUUGUAUUGUCCAAGUGCGCUCGGGCUGCUGUGAGCAGUAUGAGGCCAAAAUCCACCUUCUCUCUGACCAGGAGUGGAAAGAGGAGCUGAAGAACUUGACUAAACUCCUGCACAGUGCAGAGGAGCCAGGCGGGGAAGAGGUGGACCCCUGGGAUGGGGACGGCGCAGUGGAGGAGGCCAUCUGGAAGCUAAGGAUGGUCUAUGGAACUGGGGCAGAAAGAAAGAACUAUGAGGAGCUACUGAGGGCAAAGCCCAAAGGGAAGAUUCCCACCUCCAGAGUCAUCACCCUCAAGGCAGAAGAGGCAGGAGAACUGUCCAUCAAGCUGGACCCCUACAUCCGGACUCAGAGGAGAGACGGGGACGGAGAAUCAGCUGAAACCCGAAUCUGGCCCUUGAUCAAACACGUGGAAGUGACUCUCCCCAAAUCCUCGCUGAUUCCGGAAGGAGUGGUGCUGGUGGACAUUCCAGGCACAGGCGACUUCAACAGCAAGAGGGAUGAGAUGUGGAAAAAGACCAUCGAUAAGUGCUCAGCUAUCUGGGUGAUCAGCGACAUAGAAAGAGUUUCUGGAGGGAGAGCCCAUGAAGACCUUCUGAAUGAGAGCAUCAAAGCCUGCCAGCGAGGCUUCUGCAGGGACGUUGCCCUAGUGGUCACCAAGAUAGACAAGCUGCACCUGCUGGAAUAUCUCAGGGAAAGAAAGCUGGGAAAUCAAGCUGUUCAAAGUCAGCGAGAGGCUGUUUUGGAAAGAAAUGAAAUGAUAAAGCAACAGAGGAGUAGAAAUCUCAAGGAAAAAUUGAAGAGAAAACUGCCGGCGGACUCCAAGGCUCUGGAAACCUCGGAUCUGGUGUACACAGUCAGCGCCCAGGAGUACUGGCAGAAGACCCUCCUCACCGAGGAGGAAACUGAAAUCCCCAAGUUAAGAGAAUACAUCAGGAAAAGGCUCUUGGACGAGAAGAGGAGGAUGGUGACCAAGUAUGUUACCGAAGCCUUUGGCCUACUGCUCCUCACAGACAGCUUCAACUCCACAGAAAACCUGCCGAAUGAACAUUUGCACUUGAGCAGCCUGCGGAGAUUUGUGGAAGAGAGGACAGAGCUGCUGGAGAGGGCCAUUGAGCAGUGCUUUGCCCACAUCGAGCGGCCUCUGCAAGAAGGGGUCCGGGUGGCCAGGACUUCCUACCGACGCAUCCUCGGGGCAUGCCUGGUGAGGAGCAAAGGGAACCAAGGUUUUCACCAGACCCUGAAAGCUGUUUGCCUGAAGAAUGGCAUCUAUGCCUCUAGGACUCUGGCAAGAAUCGACCUGAACCAAGCCGUCACUCAGCCCAUCUAUGACCAGAUUGACCCUGUUUUUGGAGGCAUUUUUAGGGCUGGGAAGCCUGCCGAUUCGGCGCUGAUGCCUCACAUCGAUGCUUUCAAGCAUUCUCUGCAGGAGAAAAUGGCAGAAAUUGGGAUAAGAAGUGGCUGGAAGUGUGAUAGCUACAAAAAACGUUUCCUGAUCCAGGAGAUAAGCGCCAUCCUGGGAGGCCUGGAAGGCCACAUCCUCAGAAGGAAGAGGAGGAUCUACGAGUCUGUCUCCAGCUCCAUUCAGAACGACCUGAAGCCCUAUUAUGAAGAGGCGGCUCAGAUCACUGGCAAAAAAGCAUGUGAGAGGAUGAAGGAUGUCCUCAGAAGAGGAGUGGAGCGGCAGGUCGCCGAGGGCAUGUUUGAAAGGGCUCAAGAAAGAAUGCAGCACCAGUUUCAGCAGCUGAAGAAUGGGAUCACGGAGAAGGUGAAGGGCAGCAUUGCCACCAUGCUGACUCUCGUGUCGUCCCAGGGGGAUGGUCUCUACAAGGAGCUUGCAGACGUCAGCAGUGAACACAGGGAGAUGGAAAAGCUCCACAGGAGCCUGCGGGAGGUGGCGGAGAACGCGCAGCUGCGGAGGGGCAUGCAGGACUUCCUGAGAAUGUCCCCCAGCAAAGCCUCCCAGAACCUGACUGCUUCCUGGGCUCAGCAUGGAAAAUAAGCCCAGGGCAACCAGAAUGACUUCUGUCUCCUUGAAUCCAGUAAAGAACAUGUCCCAACGGCUUUUUAUACCCAAUAGAAACCCAAUACAUUGUUGCUUCCCGCAUAAUUUUAUUUUAUAGCUAAAAAAAUAGUCACCAUAUUGAAGCCCCAAUGGAGUUCUAGAGCUUUAAGGAAAAGAGAAUUUUGCUUCACUAAACAUUGAAAAACUUAAGUCUUAUGAAAAAAUUGCAACAUGAAACUUUAGGGACUCAAUUCUAUUAAUCAUUUUAAUAGUGGCGAGACUUUUGAGUAAGCAGGUAACAUUAUCCCAUAGAAACAACGGGGUCUGGGAGGGAGGGACACAAGACCUGGACUUCUUACUUGCAGGGUGUUGUGUUCCAGGCAUGCGCUUCUCAAACAUUCUGUUACCCUUCAGAGGACCCCGAAAAGCUUUUGUUUAUUUGGGUUGUACACAUUGAUAGUAACUGCAUGAAAUCAAAACUAAAAGAAAUUUAAAUAUCUAUACAUUCAAAUUUAAAUGUGAAUUAGUUUAAAAGGACAAUAAUGAAUCCACUACAGGUUAACAUAAAUAACAUAUUUUUGUGAAAAAAAAAAAGGUAUUUUCCAAAACAUUGACUGAGAAGAGUGACAUUGUUAGGCACUUUUCAAAUCCUUCAUCUCUGGCUUCUUGGUGACAGCUGGAGCCUCCUGACUGUUCCCGCAUCCCAUCUGUUGUAGUAUGUGUUUGGGGUUGAUGGAUAUGAAAACUGUCUCACAUAGUUGGAAUGCAAAAAACUGUUUUUAGUUGCCCUUUUAUCACUGAAUAUUCUUCUUUCAUACCAUAAUCUUGCAAAAUGGUUGUUUUUCUAAAGGUUAGUUUUAGUAUACAGUCUGAAACCCCAUCAGUCAACUUAAAAACAAAACAAAACAAAACAAAAACUCUGUUGCAUUAAAACCCAUGGGUUUAUCUUGAA